GUCAUGCUGAGGGCGGAAGCGGCGACAUCUUGUCCUCAGGCUGCCAGUAAUUGCCCCCUCCCUUUUCCGUCCCUUAGUUUUUCCGGGGUGAAAGGGCGCGGGCUCCGGGGCGGCUCCUGCUCCUGCUGCUGUGUAUUAGCUGUGCGGCGGAGACAUUCCGAGUGAGGCCCAGGAGGGACGGGGGCGGCUUGGCGAGGAGCCGCAGGACUUCCUGUUGGAGCGGCUCGGGAGUGGCCAGGCUGCGGCUCCCAUUCUGGCACAGAGGAGAGGCAGCGUUAAUACAAGGAUAGAGGUUUCCAGUUGGAUAUAAGACUUUUUCUGGGACACCAACAGCAGACUUUAACUGAUCUUGACAACGGCAUCACUUUGAGUUAUUUAGACAACUUUAUGGACCAUAUUAUGUACCGUAGAUAGCCAUUGGAUUUUGUGUUAAUUUGGGACCUCUGAGCUUUACUGGAUUAUUAUAAACCUUUUCCCCAUAUAUGUGCUGUUAACUUGGCCUGCAUGGUUUAAAGCUUGAAUACAGAAUGCUGAAGGUCUUCUCUAGAUCAUGAGCCACAUCCUUGCCCUGUGAAGAUGGGGCCUUAGUGCAGUCAAUAUGCCAGAACAUCAGAAAGCUGGAGAAACCAUCAGAACAUCCUAAACACACCCACAGGAGUGCACCGUGUACCCUGUAGAUUCAAUUUCAGACUUGGCUGCAGAGCCCCUUCCGUUACUUGGUGACUAUCUUUUAAGUAGGCAUCAUUUUUGACCUGUGGAAAGAGGAAUAAUCUAUUUGUAAUCUACCGUUACCUGCUACCACAAACCUGGCCAACAUGUCUACCUCCUCCUUGCGCCGACAGAUGAAAAACAUUGUCCAUAAUUACUCUGAAGCAGAAAUUAAAGUGAGAGAGGCCACUUCAAAUGAUCCAUGGGGUCCGUCCAGCUCCUUAAUGUCAGAGAUUGCUGACCUCACCUAUAAUGUGGUGGCUUUCUCAGAAAUCAUGAGCAUGAUAUGGAAGCGACUCAAUGAUCAUGGAAAGAACUGGCGACAUGUCUACAAAGCCAUGACGCUAAUGGAGUACCUAAUUAAAACUGGCUCUGAGCGGGUGGCACAGCAGUGCAAAGAGAACAUAUAUGCCAUACAGACCCUUAAAGAUUUCCAAUAUGUGGAUAGAGAUGGAAAAGACCAGGGUGUUAAUGUCCGAGAGAAAGCAAAACAGUUGGUGUCCCUGCUGAAAGAUGAUGAAAGGCUAAAGGAAGAAAGAGCGCAUGCCCUGAAGACCAAGGAGAAGCUGGCACAAACCUCCACAUCGUCUUCUGCAUCCUCCACCUUAAACCCAGCCACAGAAGCAGAGCAGGCAUGGCCUCAAAGCAGCGGAGAGGAAGAACUCCAGCUCCAGCUUGCCUUGGCCAUGAGCAAAGAAGAGGCGGAGCAGGUAAGAGCAAAGCCCCCUGCUGUGUCCGAAGAGGAAUUGCAGCUACAGCUUGCCCUUAGCUUGAGCAAAGAGGAACACGACAAGGAGGAGAGGAUCAGACGAGGAGAUGACCUCCGGCUUCAAAUGGCUAUAGAGGAGAGCAAAAAAGAGGCACCUUCCAAGCAGGAAGAGCAGUCAUCACUAAUGGAUUUAGCUGAUGUCUUCAGCCCCCCUGCACCAGUUGCCGCUUCUGCAGGCCCAUGGGGUGCCUCAGCUGCUCCCCCUGCAGAUCCAUGGGCAGGUGGAGUUGCCACGUCUACACUACCAGCAGCGUCUGACCCAUGGGGAGGCCCUCCAGUGGCUACAGGUGCAAGCUCUGAUCCAUGGGGAACUGGUGCACAGAUAAACUCCACUUCUGCUGACCCCUGGGGUGGAACACAAGCGGUUACCACUGCCGAUGUCAAAGCUGUGUCUGAUCCAUGGAAUCCAGGAGGUUCCACUGCAACUACCGGAAUCCCAAACAAUGAUCCCUGGUCAUCUAGUCCACCAGUGGCUCAGUCUGUAAAAAAAGCUGCCGAUCCGUGGGCCCCCGCAGCUUCGUUUUCUGAUCCAUGGGGUGGAUCACCUUCUAAGCCGAGCACGAAUGGGACAAUGGCGAGUUCCACCUUUGACCAGUUCGUCAAUCCUGCAGAUAAAGACGAGUUUUCGGAUUUUGACAACUUGAGGAAUGCUCUCCCCCAGUCAGGAAGCAGCACAGGUGAGCUAGAUCUGUUGGCAGGAGAAGUCCCUAUGUCUCGUUCUUUAGGAUCAAAGAGCCCUGAUACCUUUGACAUGACAGCAAUGAGUGGCUCACUGUCUGACUCCUGCAAACCAACCCGGAAAACACCCGAGUCCUUCCUGGGACCUAACGCUGCCCUUGUAGACUUGGAUUCUCUGAUCUCUAAACCUGCAUUACAGAAUGCAAAGACCUCCAACCCUUUCCUUGUUACAGGAACACCCAAUGCAACCACAACAAAUCCAUUCCAGCCCAACCAACAGUCAUCUCUUACUCUGAACCAGCUGCGCUCAAGCCCUGUGAUGACAUUGGGACAGCCAGUUACCCCAGCCGGCCAAACGCCCGCGACCAUUCCUUUCACUUCCCCCAUGGUGUCUGUGUCUCCUAUGGCCCCUGGAAUUCCUAUAGCAAAUGUUGCACCAAUGGUUGGAAUGCAGCCUAUGGCUGGAGUUCCCAACUUGCCAAUUGGUACCGUGGCUCCUGGUGUACCUGGUAUGGGUUUGCCACCUAUGAUGCCACCACAGCAGUUGGUUGCACAGCCACUUGUCCCAAAUUUAUCAACACAAGCUGUGACGAGUACUACUAAUCCUUUUCUGUUAUGAGGUGGGGAGGGGGUUAAAGUAUUUGUAGAGGUGAUGACCAGGUGUGAUGGGUCUAGAAUGGUAUCUUUUACAACUACUACAGUCCCUGUAUCCUCGCAACCCUGUGUAAGCAGCAAAAUGUUUUCUGGUGUCUGCUUCUCUUUUGACUGUGCCUCCAAAUACCAAGAAUUAGUAUUUAACCCCGAGCAGUACAGCAACUGGAGUUUGGGUAGAAGACCAUUAUUCAAUAUUGCAUUCUGCAAAUUCAUGAUCAUGAGAACUAUGCCAGAACUCUACAAUGAUCCCCUUUACCCCUCAUCGUUUUUUGCGUUAAUUAACUGUACUCUGUGAUUGUAACCUGUCCUGUUUGAUUUUUUUACCCCCCACCCCCUGGAAGUUUCCAGGUUUGAUGCAAAUGUUCCUGGCAUCUUUUUAAUUCGCAUCUCCUCUGACAGAGGCUUGUAUGCAGCAGACAUAUAUGUAAUUACUUCUUCCCAUCGUUCUUGCAGUCCAGCCCAUAACAAUUAUCUUUGAGUAUUAAAGGGUAACUGCAGUCACUGUAUGUCAGCAGCAGUUUGUUUCAUAUGAACUCUUAUUAACCAUAUGAUUAGCUGACAUUAUAGGCUAUCAGUUUUUUAAUACCACUCUUUGGUUCAUAGCACUUUCAUCACAGUUAUGCCUAGGUUUGGGAUGUAUACUGAAUAAAACACUAAAAAGUGAACUUUCUGAAACCCCCCCAAAAAACCCUCUGUUUAUUGAAAUUAUCUUUCCUACGGAUCUAAAUAUUUGCUUGCUGGGCAGUUCUUGGAAGUGGGUGGAUAUCACAGAAGCAGGUGGAUAUGUCCUGACUGUGUGGCUACUUAGGCUUUGGAUCCAUGUAAAUAUGAACAACACUGCUGCAACAUCAAAGAAACCAAAAGUGUAAAACCACUUCAUAAAUUGUUUCCUGAACACACAACAUCACUACGAGUAUAAUUCUAUGUAAGGGUUGGCCAAUUGGGAAAAGAACACUGAGGAUGGUGUUUCAUCUUUACAUCUUUAAUAGGUAGAGGGGUAUCUGGUCUCUUGGCAUGGAGUUCUAUGGUAGCACGCAUACUAAAAUAAUCAGCACUGCUGUUGGGAGCUGCCUGCUGGACAUCAGUCAGAAUUAAAGGGCAAGAACAGCUCUCUUUCAUAGGUUAUCUUUUGUGUAUUCAUCCCAGGAAAUACGCUUGGAUUUUGAAUAUAGCUUAUUUCCCCUUAUAAAGAACAGUUCAAAAUCGUAAUUGUAACUGAAGCGUGUCUUUUAUUUUUACUAGUUAAGGAUAAUUGGCGUUGGAAAGAAUCCCAAAACUUAUUGUAGAUAUGAGAGUUGCACACUGGGAUAUGAAAGAGCAAGGCAGGAACUGGGUGUAUGUACUGUAGUAUACUUUUUAAUUCAGAGCUUUCUUAAAAUUGGGAUUUUUAUUGAGAGUUCUGUAGAAGAAUGACCUCUAUUAAUUACAUCAGUUUGUCUCUUGGAAUAUUUAAGUAAAAGUAAGAAUCUGCCAAACCAUUGGCUUAGCGUCAUGAAUACCAUUUAGUCUUUUCAGUGACACUAAGCCUUUUUUUCUCCGUAAUUCAAAAGUAGGAGAAUAAGAUCUGAUUGGCGUUACUCUAUUCAGGGAGACCAUGGUUACCCAUCCUUAACAGCAUGGACACCCAUUUUGGAUUAUGAGCUAUAGGUUAAGACGUGCUGUAAUGAUAUUGCAGGCCUACAUAUGAUCAAUUCAGCUCUCCAGUAACAUGAAUGAAUAGAUUUCAUCCCAUUAGGAGAGGAACACUCUGCUGACCCCUAUUAGUAACCUGACCCAGUAAUGUGUGUCCAGUUGCAUUAGACAACACCUUCCUAAAACAAAACCCAGGCAAAGGUUCUGGCCUCUCCACUAGCUCCUAGCGUUCUUAGUAUCCCAGUGUUUAUAUGAAGGAGUCUUGGGGUUACAUCAAUUAUAUCAUUUCAAGAAGGCAAAAAAAAUUAAAAAUCUAUUCGUCAACCUAAAUACUGUAAAAACGUAUGUCAGAACCAGAUGGUCUUUGAUCCACCAUAUUGAUAUAGCUUACUUUGUAUAAAAAUGCUGAUGCAGUUGUGCUGGUUUCUCAUGUAUUGUGCUUGAGAACUGUGGUCCCCUGCCUUUCUUGGAGCCUUCCCACCACUUAUGUACAUGUGUUUAUAACUUUUUGCCUUUCUUUGUGAAUAUUUGUGUUUUGGCAACAGCUACUUUCCAUAUAUCUUCCUACAAAAUAAUUCUUUCAACCCAAAGGGGAUUUCAACAAUCAAUUUGCUGUAAAUUGUUUUACUACCAGCAGUAGAAGAUACAUGAACCAAGAAUACCUUUUGAAGACAUGGAAUUGCAGGAUUCAUUUUUUAAUUUCCAAUAUUUUUAGACCAUUUUAUUUUUGUGCGUGCCUUUGGAAAGGAAUAAACAACCUGUUGGGGAUUGGGUGCCACAUCAAUUAAGGCUGUAGAUGAAAGCUUGCUUGCUAUUUGAAUGAUAUUGCCUAAGACUUGGCUUAAGUGCUGGUCUUUAGGGGCUUGAAGCUGAAUGAAGGAAGACAAUUUUGCACAAAAUAUUAACUUAUUGAGAAAAACAAGGAAAACUCCCCCCACCAUCCUUUGGCUGUUAUGGAUGAGCAGCUCAGACUUCAUGAACAUGCCCCUAUGUGGGAAAUGGACCUUGGGAUCCUGAAGAAAUGUCAGAAGACCAAGCUGCUAAACAGAAGCACCAGGCUUAGAGAUGUGUAAUUCAUGCACUAGUUUGGUUCCUGGAUUUGCCCAUAUGUUGACUUUCUGCGGUUAGUGGGACAUAUACAUGUCUUGGAGAUGGCUUUUAUUGGCUUACAAUCUGUGACCCGUUUGCAUUGAACAAUUCAAAAACGAUUCUCUCACAUUAUCUUGUUUCAAUAUGCCUAUAGCUUAUUGGUCUGCAUCUGUGAAAAAGCUGAAUAAAAUUUCAGUUUAUUUUUUUCAGUAGCAACAGCAAAAACCCUCAAACAACUAAUAAAAAUUUGAUGAGGUAUUGGAAAUAUUUCAUUUUCACUUGAAUUCAUUUGCUGUUUGAUAGCACAGGCCCAAACAGCCCACUAAAUAGUGACUGUCUAUGGCAUCUUACAGCAACCCCUCUGGCAUUUGCCAGAACCCACAGAUUGCCUGUCCAGGCCUCUCAUACCUGGUGUUUUUUAAUUGCAAGAGCAGUUCAUAAAAGAAGAAAAAGUGAACCAAGUGUAGGUCAUAUUUAAUGUAGAUCAAGGUGUAGCCCAAUGAAACUCAGUGCUGUUUGAUGCUAAAGCUAUAACUUUUCUGUGUCAUCAACCAUCACCACAUCUGGGUUACUGGAACACUUGAAACCUUGUAGCCUAUUGAACCCCUCGUCUUUAUGCCACUAAAUAUCUUGUAAUAUAUAUUUUACUUUUGUCAGAGUGUGGCUUUUACAUAAAUCCCCAUAGGGACAGUAAGGCCUGAAGCUACUGGGGCUUUGUUAGUUUCUCAGGAAGUUCUUGUGGAAUAUAUUAUGGAGAUGAUGAGCUGAUGGCUCAGUGGAAGCCUUCAUCAUGUAUCCAAGGUAUCCUAUCCACCUCUUGAUUUAUUACCAGUUUUGUAAAAAGAGCCCUACAUUGGGAGGACAGCUUUUUGGUAUAAAGUACAAGGAAACCUUACUGAUUUUACCUCCUCAUUUCCCACCAGUGUGCAUGUCAAUGGAUUGUGCACCCCAUCCAGUGUACAGUAUAUCACCUUGUAGGAAUGUGUAACAACUCAAAAGUGAUUUUUGUACUCUGCAAUUUCUCUUAAGGCAAAGCAGAAUAACAAGAUUCUAAUAAAUCGCCAUUUGGACAUCUGAAAGGGAAACAAGCUCCUACAGGGGUCUACAGGAAGGUGGCUCGCCAGCUGUUGCAGCUUUUUAUUUUCAUGGGCUUCUGGGUGUUUUAGUCCAGCAACUGCGGGAGAGCCCCAGGCUGCAGGUUCCUGAGCUAUACAAGAUAAAGGGAUGUACAAUUAACACAUAAUAUUCUGAUUUAUACUCCUACUUACUUCCUCCCACCCUUGAUUGCUUGGUACACCAUUGGCACACCAUUGUCUAUUCAGUGCUUUUCUGCUUUACAAUGAGUUUUGCUAUGAUUGGGAGAGACUGGGCACAUUGCUGGGCGAUGAACUGAGGGGAUUUUUUUUUUUUUUUAAAGACAGAAAAGACUUUAUGUAAAAAAGGACUUUGUGUGCUUUGUCUGCCGUUUCCUUUUCAACUCUGGCUAAGUGAACAUGGUCGUUCACCUUAAAAAAAGAAACUUUUGGACCCCAUUAAACCCUGGCGUUGAGCACUUCUGCACCGUGUUUUCGUUUUUUCCCUGGGAUCGUGGGCAGGGCAUUAGAGGGGAGAGUGAAAAAAACAUGUCUGAAUCAAUGUUUUGGAAAAAUACAAGAUAAACUUAUCAUACUAUGUGAUUUUAUUUUAUUUGUUAAAUAUACUUGUAUGCAUAAUAUGAUAAAUGAAUUGGGGCUAAAAAUAAAUCACCUUCUCGAUGUAUUGUGCAAUAAUA